AUGGUUUCAUCACUUAGAUCAGCCCUCACAGUGGCUGUUUAUGGUGUAUCGGCCUCAUUUGCUGUUGCAGAACCUAUUCAACUUUCCUCUCCCGAGAAAGUUCCUGUCGGUGCUUCAUGGGUUGUUCCCCAUGACUUUGCGUCCUUUUCCUUUCCGGCCCAUUUCUUCACCGACUAUACAGGAAACCUGACCCAUCCAAACCUCUUUUCACGAGAUAUAUUUGACCUGCUCUAUUCAAAGACUGGUGCUCAUCCUUUCAUCCUUUGGUACAAUGCCAGUCAAGAGAUCGCCGCGUACAACUGGUGGAAUACAACAGCGUCAUUUACCACCCAGUACGGUAUUCCUGACAUGGUCUACAUCGGUCCCCAUUUCUUUGAUGGCUUUCUCAACUUCCCUGGCACCCGGUGGUCCUGGCAAUUGAACAUGGGCAACACCUUUGGCAAGAAGGGUGGCCUAGAGAAUGCCAUUGAAGUGGCCAAGAUUGUCAUGGACUAUACCAAGAACUCUCUCGAAAGUUUUGAGCUUGGUAACGAACCCGACUUGAUGGUGCCGUUCGGUCAUCGUAGUGCAGGUUACUCAAUGGGGGAUUAUGUGAGAGAAUGGAAUGAAUACGCUGCAAAUACUUCUGAGCUCGUGCUUAAGCACAACAAGUACGGAUUGGCAAAGCGGCGUUUCUUUCAAGGAUUGCUUAUUGCCGGAGCUAACAACCCCGAAUGGCACUUUGAGGAAGCUUUCCAGGACGGCUUGGAUCAGCAUGGAUUUGUCAAAUCCAUUUCCUACCAUCAGUACGCAGCAAGAAAUCAGGAAUGGGUGCGGUUGCAAAACUCUUAUAUGAACCACACCGCGAAUGCGCACAAUGUCACGCAAUACGAAAACAUCAUCGAGUCGUGCCAUGAGUAUCACCCAGCACUCCCAUUUGUUUUGGGUGAAACAAACAGCAACUCAUACAAUCUCAACAUGUCCCAAAUCGAGGGCGUAUUUGGUUCUGCUCUCUGGCUCAUUGAUCACCUUCUUAUGGGCAUGGCCACGAACAUUACUCGAUACAACCUCAUCCAAGGAACUACAUUCGGAUAUAGUGCCUGGGUCCCCGUGACUCGAGACGGCGUUAAACCCCACGUCCGGGCUCCAUUAUACGGUCAGAUAUUUGCUGCUGACGUCCUUGGCCACCACCCUAAAGUCCAAGUUUAUCCCAUCCCCCAGCUUCCUUGGAAUGUGUCUGCAUACGGUAUAUACGAGUCUGGCGGUCUAGCCAAGUAUUUGGUAAUUAACUUUGACGAGUGGAACUCCACAACUCGUUAUGAAAGGCCCGUCCAGAAAAUUACCUUGGACUUACCUCUCUGGGUUAAGAAUGUUAAAGUCGAAAGAUUGACUGCUAAUGGCGCAAGUGCUGAUAAUGAUAUUAAGUGGGCGGGUCAGAGCUGGAACUAUACAAGUGGCAGGUUAACUAAAACUGGAGCAAAGUCUUGGGAAGGCUAUGCAGUAAAGAAGGGGAGAGUUGGAGUGGAUUUGAGAAGUACUGAGGCUAUGCUUGUAUCCAUAUAUUGA